AAUAUGACGUUUACCUACACGUGAAUUUUAUUUGUAAACAUUGAUUUCUCGUUGUCUACUUAAAUUAUGGCUUUACUUUCUUUAAAGAAAAACAACUCUAGUGGAAAUGUCUCUGAUUCCGACUCCAGCCAGAAUGAGCACUCCUCAUCGGAUGAACAACAACAAGGCAAUUCCGGGUGGGCCGAUUCAAUAGCAAAGGUUUUAAGCACCAAUAAACCCAAAACUAAAAAGACAUUGGUAUUGUCCAGGGCCAAAAAAAUAAAACCCAGUGAUAAAAACAAGGUUGAAGUUGAUUUCGGUUUUGAAGUUGAGGGUGAAAUCAAAAAGGAAGACAUUUCGAAUGAAAAAGAAGAAUUGAGUAGUGAUUUAAAGCAGCCUAAAAAUCAGAAACUUGAGCUGCGAGUUAAACCAACAUGGAAGGACAUAGAACGUGAAAGAGCACUACGUAAGGUGGCAACUAAGGGUGUUGUACAGCUUUUUAAUGCGGUACGUAUACAGCAAAAGGAUUUGCAACAUCAGUUGGAAGAAGCUGGCCCUUUGGAUAGUCGAAAAGAAGCAGUUUUAAAAAACAUUAACAAACGCAAGUUCCUAGACGUUCUAAUGGGUGGUAAGCGUUCGAAAUCCGAGGCGGUAGAUAAUCCCGUGAAGAAUGAGCUUAAAAAGGAGGAGGAAGAUGAAAGCAGCGACGAUGAUUACGACAAUAAGAAAAAGAAGUCCGAAUGGAAUGUUUUGCGUGAUGAUUUUAUGACAAACAAGAAAAAUAAACACUGGGACGAGGAAGAUGAGGAUGAUGAGAAUCAACUGGAAGAAACUGAUGACGAAUAGUUUUAGAACAAUAUAGAAUAGAGAUCUUAUUAUUAAUUUUUUGUAUAAUUACAAUAUAUUUGUACAUAUAUACUAGUAGAAAUAACUUUUUACUGCCCAUCUUUCUUUGACUUCAAAAAUUUCAUAUUUAAUAAUCGUGCCACACCUAUAGAAACUGCACCUGCAAGAGGGAGUUGCAAAAAUUAUCGUUUUUAAAGAUAUAAUAUAUUUUCUCAACAGAAACUAGUCUUUUUUUAACUCUUAAUCUAAAUACACUAAAAACAAAUUGUAUUUUAUCCGGUUCCCAGGGUUCAAUUUCCCCUUCACCCCUUAAAACAACUUGUUAUUU